UCUGGCGUACCACUUGACCUUAUUGCUUUUGGCCGGCUGGCUUUGUAUCUAUUUAUUUAUUUUUUUGCCCGUGCCCUCAGAGGGGCUGGAAGGAGAUGAAUUUUGAAGCGGCGCCGUUCAGCACCUUGCAGUACUACCCCGAUCCCUGCAUCCCGCGGUUUGUAGAAACUCCGAGCCAUUUCUCCUGGAAGGAGAGUUUCUACCGCUCAGCCAUGUCCCAGAGCUCCCAGCCCAGGGAGUUCCUCAGCCCAGAGAUGAUCCAGCAUAUCUGGGACUUCCUGGAACAGCCAAUAUGCUCAGUUCAGCCAAUUGAUUUGAACUUCAUUGAUGACCCAUCUGAAAAUGGCCCUACAAACAAGAUAGAGAUCAGCAUGGAUUGCGUCCGUCUGCAGGAUACGGAGCUGAGUGACCCAAUGUGGCCGCAGUACACGAACCUGGGGCUCCUAAACAGCAUGGACCAGCAGAUUCAGAAUGGCUCUUCCUCUACCAGCCCCUACAACACGGAGCACGCGCAGAACAGCGUCACGGCCCCUUCGCCUUAUGCCCAGCCCAGCUCCACUUUUGAUGCCCUCUCGCCCUCCCCAGCCAUCCCUUCCAACACAGACUACCCAGGACCUCACAGCUUCGAUGUAUCAUUUCAACAGUCCAGCACAGCAAAGUCUGCAACGUGGACGUAUUCCACCGAACUGAAGAAGCUGUACUGCCAGAUUGCCAAGACAUGCCCCAUUCAGAUCAAAGUGAUGACCCCACCACCCCAAGGAGCUGUCAUCCGGGCUAUGCCAGUCUACAAGAAAGCAGAGCACGUCACCGAAGUGGUCAAACGCUGCCCGAACCACGAGCUGAGCCGAGAGUUCAACGAGGGGCAGAUCGCACCUCCUAGCCACCUGAUCAGAGUGGAAGGAAACAGCCAUGCCCAGUACGUGGAAGACCCCAUCACUGGAAGACAGAGUGUGCUGGUCCCAUAUGAGCCACCUCAGGUUGGUACUGAGUUCACAACAGUCUUGUACAACUUCAUGUGUAACAGUAGCUGUGUAGGAGGGAUGAACCGUCGCCCAAUUCUCAUCAUUGUCACACUGGAAACCAGAGAUGGGCAAGUCUUGGGCCGCCGAUGUUUUGAAGCUCGCAUUUGUGCUUGCCCAGGCAGAGAUCGCAAAGCAGAUGAGGACAGCAUCCGCAAGCAGCAAGUCUCUGACAGCACAAAGAAUGGUGAUGGUACGAAACGCCCUUUUCGACAAGGAACUCAUGGCAUACAGAUGACAUCUAUCAAGAAAAGACGUUCUCCAGAUGAUGAGCUCUUGUACUUGCCGGUGAGGGGACGAGAAACAUAUGAAAUGCUACUCAAGAUCAAGGAGUCUCUGGAACUUAUGCAGUACCUCCCCCAGCACACAAUUGAAACUUACCGGCAGCAGCAGCAACAGCAGCACCAGCACUUGCUCCAGAAGCAUCUCCUUUCGGCCUGCUUCAGGAGUGAACUCGUGGACUCAAGGAGAGACUCUCCCAAACAGACCGAUACCAUCCUAAAACAUUCCAGCCCCCCAAAACCAUCAGUAUAUCCAUAAAUGGAACUGGCGGGUUGGCUUUGCCCAGCUCGUGGGACUAGGAGCACUGGGGCAAAUAUGCAGCCUGAUAGCAACAGAGUACAUAGUGAGAGUAAUCUCCUGGAGGGACUCAAACUUUGCCAAAACAAGACGCUUCUACAGAUCUCUUAGCUGUAGCCGGUGGCGCUGGGAGCUCUGGAACCAUGAUGUUGUCUGUCUUGGUGUAACUUUUUCUUCUUGUUUUUGUAAUCUCUUUCCUGUUAACUUCUGUAUUUGUGAAACACAUAGGGUUUCUCUGAGCAGGUCUCAAUUUUAAAAUGCCUUGUCUUGUAUAAAUUUUAAGAAAGUAUUCAGGGGCUGGGUGGGGAUAAGGAGGAGGGGGGGGAUGUUUUGAAGUCUGUGCUAAUCUGUUAGGCCUGUUUUAAUGCCAUUUAUGCAGUAAUAGUGCAAUUAGCUGAAGUGUCUGUACUGCUGGACAGAGGGAGAUAGUAACUAUAUUGGCACUAAUUAAGUCAUUUUUCCCCUGUAGAAAUGCCUUCUAGUUUGGUGUUACGAAUUGUUUCCCUCUAUUUCAUAAAAAGUCUAUCUAAAAUAGAUAAAAAUUACUGGGAAGACUGGACAACGCUGUCAGACUUUGCACUGAAACUUCUGGGCUUAGUCCAGAUGUACUGAACUUAAAAAGCUCCUUCCUUGCUCUCAUGAGCUCAGUCCAAGUGGACAAGUGAAGGUGAAGUUGGAGUCUUGCUGUGUAAUGACAUCCAUGUGCACCCAGUGUCCCUGUUCCUUUAUUAUUGAGGGUGUAAAGGGCAAUCUGUUCAUCGCAUGACUUAUUGAAAGCUUAUCCAAAGAUCAGAGCUCAUCCCUUUCCAUGCAGACUUUCAGCAGUUAUUAGAUGUUCCUUCAUUAAGCUUACUACAUUGUACCCUUCUCUACUGUCCUCAGCUCAAAGAUGUGCCAGCAUCUGUUAGAGAUAGCUCAGCCUGAUGGCCUUAAGCCAUUCCUACUUUGUCCAGUAAUCCUGCAAUCAGUAGCCAUUGCUUUUGCUCAGUGUCUCCAUGAAGUGGUCUGAAUUAGCAAUUUCUGCACAGAAGACCCUUUCUCAACAAGGACUCGUAACCCUUUAUACUGCUGGUGUCAAAUCUACCUCUGGAAGGUGUUUGAAGGGGGCUUAACAAAGUUUGUAUUCUUUAGAAGUUUGAUGUCUAGGUGCCAAACCCAGAUCAGCACAAAGGAAGCAUGGUGAACAGGCAAGUAAAACAUGCCAUGGAAUUCAACUGGUAUUGCUGACUGUGGCUCUGGGAGCAGAUACUGGAGAUGAGAGAGGGGCUGUGGAGGAUGCCUGCUGUGGCUUAUCUUCACAAAGAGUGGUGGUCCUUAAUGCUGAUAGAAAAGUGUCCUCUGCCUGUGUUCUCAGACGGUAGCAUCUCAUCUAGGGAAGCCUCUGGUGUUCAUGGCUGUGGAAAGUAGAAAUGUAAAAAGCUUUCUGAGGGGCGCAGUAGGAAAGGAGCUUCCUGCACGCUGGUGUUUGUCUGCAUCAGUGCUGUUCAUGGAGCAGAGCAUGGAUUCAUAUGCCAGGGAUCAGCUGUCCAUGGGAGCUGGGGGCUGGAUCAAUACUAAUAGGAACCUGUGUACCUGUAGCUCUGCACUGGAUUUACUUGAGGCAGGUGCAUACCCACCACUGAUACAGUUCUGGUUAGGCACAGCCUGAAGAAAAGAUGCCUUUCAAACAUGGAACAGGGCUCCUGGCCACCCACAAAGAAAGAGAAGGCCUGAUGCAGUGGGAGAUCUUUUAUCUCUGAACAUCUCAUCAUCUGCUUCCAGGCAAUAGAGCUGUGAUCUAAGCAGGUGAUGACUCGCUCCAAAAUCUCUUUUGAGAGCUGUAUUCCAUCUCUGAAUAUCUCCUUUGUUGUCUUAAUGAGAUGACUUCUACCGUAAGAGUGUGGGGGAGAGCUGAUGCAGAAGAGCCCCAGAAAAGUGAUUAACUAUAAAUAAUAACUAAACACCAGCAGUUUACUAUUCAUGCAGUUGCACUUCUACCAUUGUUCCUUAUAUAAAAUCAGUCAAAUCAAGUAUCUCUUCACUUUGUUUGGGAACUGCAAGAAGUACUUUGAGAUCACAGAAAAGAUAAUUUUCCCUCUGUGCCUUUUUAUUUGGGACAAGAAAGGCAACACUUAUUCUCAACUCUCACCCAGGGAAAGAAUCUGAACUGCAAAUGCAGCCCAAAUGUGGGCUUGGCAGCGUUAGUCAGCCCUUCCAAAAUGGGUUCUUUACAUUGGUUCUGUCUGCUUAUGGAUGGCAAUGUGGAAACACUGGGAUGGAGUAAAUACUGGGAUAAGGGUGCCUAAUGCAUGUCAAGAGGUUUGCUUCAAGGCCUGCCUGCUGGUGAGUUUGAGGAGGCAAACUAUCCAAAGGUGUCAGGUAGCCACAGCCCACCAUCAGCAGGUCCCAGCUGAUGCUCCAGUUCAUUGUUUAGCCUGGCCUGUGUGAAAACUCUUGUAUCACUGUGGGCAAUACAAAUACAGCACCUGGGACUUGCACAAAGCAAGCAAGUGAAUUAGUUGGAUCCCUCUGUCCUCUGGAAAGGCUCUUAUGUUUGUACACCUUGCUUAGAAGUGGAUGACUGUGAAGGUGGUCUUAAUGGUGACUCUGUUUGCUCUCCAGCUAGAAGGUGAUUAUCUUAGGAAGCGCAGCUUUUUCCAUCAAAUAACCUGGAGCUGGAAGUAGUCGAAAUUGCUUUUCUGUCUCUCCUCUGCAGCUAGACAAAAGAACAAAAACCCUUGUCUCAGACAGCUGUCUUUCAGAUUUUUCACCUUUUACUUCAGAAAAGUAAGCCUUUCAAGGAAUAAGCAGUUAAUACUGGGCCUUCUCAGUCAGGUCAGUCUUUGUCAACUGGUUAAUGUAUAUCCACUUGCAGCUGUAUUCCCUGAAGAGCAUAUCACAUCCACUGCUUACGUUGGGAAAUUCCCAAACCUGAUAUCUAAUGGGAAUUAUUAGUUCCACCCUUGUCUCUGUGCUGUAGCUGCUGUCUGCCUUGUGACAGCCAGAGCUUCUCCUUUCCAUGCUCAGUUGGUUAGUAAGCAUGCAAGCCACUUUAGUGGUCAGAAAGAUGCUCUGUUGGUUGCUUAAAGCUGCACCUUUUUGAGAUGUGAAGAGCAAUCUCUGCUUCUUAGUGUCCUGUUUCAUGAGCCUUGUAAAUGGGUGAGUGCAACUGAGCAUGUGUUAUUUGUGUCAUCAUUAGACAUGUUGACAUCCCAAGGUUAUGCAGUCCAGUGGGCAUCCCUACUUGAAAAAAAGUUGUUAUUGGGCAUACAAACCAUACAUGAACUUAGGGUGCAAUCCUUCUGUCUUUGCUGUGGCCAACAUAAGGAAAAGCAGGCUGGGAACUUGGGUCUCUGCAUUGUGAGUAGCUCUAGGUCUUCAGGGACGGCAAAUUGUAGGCACUGGGGCUGGGGGAAUUCUUACUCUCCAACUCUGAGCUGUCCUGCUCUUGCACUUAGUGAAACUUCGUCAUUUACAUGAAUGCUGCUUACAUUAUGGUGUGCUUAUCUAAAGUUAAUGAGGAUUCCUACUGAAUCAGAUAAUAGAUGUAUCCAAGCAGUUCCCUACCUCUGGUAAAGGGCUGAUACCUGCUGAGCUGGGAAAGCACAGAGUUGUAUAAGGUAACCUGUGAACUGAACUGUGCUUAAUAUGUGGGAGAGUAAGUUCCUUCCUGACCUCUUGAGAUGAUCAGUAUAUGCCUUGAAGCAUGAGAGUUGAUUGCCCUCAUAUAAGCUUGCAUAACUACAAACCUUACUGGAUAAAUAAUUACCUUGCCACUUAAAGAGAGAAAAAUCAGUUGCAGAAUGUGACUCAGUGCCUUUUGUAUCAGGCUGUUCCAAGAAGUAUAAUAGUCUCUUAAUUGAAGUCCUUAUACCUUGAUAUUAAAAUGCAUUUCAUUGGCAUUGAUAUCAAAGAAAUGUUAAUGCUUCUACUUCUAAUCUUUCUUGAGAUGUAGUAUGUGUGAUUUUAAUGAAAAUCACUGUGCAUGACAUUCUUACAAUAUCUAUUUUUUAAAAAAGGAAAAAAAGCAAUAUAUUUUAAAUGAAUCCAAGAACGCC